AUGCUCCUCCGCUCUCUCCUUUCUCUUCCUUUCUCUCAGGUGCUCUGCUCAGCAUGGAAGGACGAUGGCAUGACCGUGUUCUCAGGCGGGUGUGACAAGCAGGCCAAGAUGUGGCCGCUCAUGUCGGGGGGAGCGGCAAGCACGGUGGGCGUGCACGAUGCUCCUAUCUGCAAGAUGGCGUGGAUUGCCGAGAUGAGCCUGCUCGUUACUGCCAGCUGGGAUAAAACGAUCAAGUACUGGGACACGCGCCAGGCCACCCCCGCCCACACACAGGCGCUGCCCGAGCGGCCGUACGCACUGAGCGUGCGACACCCCCUCAUGGUGGUGGCCACUGCUGACCGCCACAUCAUUGUGUAUAACCUGGCAUCGCCACAGACGGAGUACAAACGGGUGAUCUCGCCCCUCAAGUACCAGACGCGCUGUGUGGCGACCUUCCCCGACAGGAGCGGCUAUCUGGUGGGGUCGAUAGAGGGGCGCGUGGCCGUGCAGCACGUGGAGGAGAACCAGCAGCAGAAGAACUUCACCUUCAAGUGCCACCGGGAUGGGAAUGACAUCUACGCCGUCAACUCCAUUGACUUCCACCCGCAAUUUGGCACGUUCGCAACAACGGGGUCGGAUGGGGCAUACAACUUCUGGGACAAGGACAGCAAGCAGCGCCUCAAGGCCAUGCAGCGCUGCAGCCUGCCCAUCUCCUGCAGCGCCUUCAACCACGACGGCACCAUCUUUGGAUAUGCUGUGAGCUAUGAUUGGAUGGCUGCCACGUGGCACGCUACUGCAACAGAAGGCGUUGCGGCCCGGGCUUCCGCUCUUCCAGCACUGCGUGCUCGACACGCGACCAGAGGAGCCACGUUGAGAGCUCGCGCCUCGACGCCAGUGGAUUAUGACUCCUCACAGGAUGCGACCGAGACGGAGGAGGAGGGAGCAGAGUCAGCGCCGCACUCCAUCGAGCGCAUUUUGAAGCAGGCGGCGGACGCGUACCAGUCGGAGGACGAGGCGGCGGUGGCGACGGUGGAGGCGCAGCUGCGCGCCAUGGAGGCCGACCGCAAGGGCCUCGCGGACCGCCUCGAAUCGCUCACGACCGAGCUCUCAACAGCCAAGGACCGCUUUCUGCGGCUGAACGCGGAUUUUGACAAUUUCCGGAAGCGGUCGGAGCGGGAGAAGCUGGCGAUGGCGGCCACGGUGCGCAGCGACGUGGUGGAGGCGCUGCUGCCCAUGAUCGACUCGUUUGAGCGUGCCAAGGACAGUGUUAAGGCGGAGACGGAAGCUGAGAAGAAGAUCGACGGUGCUUACCAGGGGAUCUACAGGCAGUUUGUGGAGAUGCUGCGGGGGCUUGGCGUGGCUGCCGUGGAGACGGUUGGCAAGGAGUUUGACCCCAAUGUGCACGAUGCCAUCAUGCGGGAAGACUCCACAGAGUUCCCCGAGGGGGUGGUCACUCAGGAGUUCCGCAAGGGCUUUGUCAUCGGGGAGAAGCUCAUCCGCCCCUCCAUGGUCAAGGUCUCCGCUGGCCCAGGGCCCGCUGGUGCUGGUGAAGCUGCUGCUGCUGAUGGUGCUGCUGCUGCUGCUGGUGAUGGUGUGUCGGAUGGGUCGGAAGCAGAGGGUGGGGAGAAGUCGGAGUAG